AUGAUCAAAUAUUUCUCGCAGUACUCUCCUAUAGAUACUGUCGACGACGACGAGAAACCAGCAAAAAGGUUCGGUGCAGAAUCUCGUCUCAAGUCACAUGCCCUUCGCCUGUGGUUGUCCCAUGGCGUACUUAUUUGCACAUCGAUUCUCUCUUUUGCGUUAUGGAUGCGUACGCCUUCGACUCAGCUGAUCAACGACACACCUAAUAUAUACACUCCAGCAAGUGUUGCUGUCGAGCCCGUAUUUAUAAGGUUUAACGGAUCCCUCGACUUUCCUUCUAUCUAUCGUGGUCCUCCUUCGCCAGAAAUUGAUGCCGCUUGGAAUGGGAUAGCUAAUAAUUUAACUCAAAUGACCCGCGAAGAGAUACUAAAAGGAGGCACAAGCGAGGCAGAAUUGCCUUGGAAAGCCAGGUAUCCAGAAAAAAUUGGUGGACAGUACAUUGGUUUUAUGGAAGCCAUCCACCAAUUGCAUUGCGUGUCGGAGUAUUACGAGUCCAUUAAAGAACCUGUGUUCCAAACCACCCCAAGAGUACUUCGUGCGCAUAUCGGUGAAUAUUAUUUCUGCCUCGAAGCACUAUUGCUUAUGGAAUAUCGUUACGGUCCAGAUCACUGCACCGAAAUGAUAAGGCAGAAUAUUAUGUGCCGUGCCGACACGACGAUGAUCUCAUGGUACUGGGUUCAAGGAGAGACGGACCCUUACCCUAACUUCAACACCCGUCAUCGAUGCAGGAACUUCGACAAAAUCUGGGAUUGGUCCAUCAAAAACUCCAUCCAUAUCGCUGAAACCGAGGUCACUCGCUACCCAGAUACGGUUAACCUCCCAAGACCAAAAGGUGAUAAGGAAUGA